AUGAUUGAGGAGAAUGUGGCUCUUGUCAAAGCACGAUACAAAGCAGACGGUCAGCAGAUGGACAAAGAAGACAUGAACCAAACAGAGGUUAUCCUGGGGCGAACCAUCGCUGUGGAGAAAAUAGAUGAUUACUCCGCCACUGUGGCGACACCUCGUGGGCCGAGGCAGUUUCAAUUUGACAUGAUGUUCCACGCUGAGGCUUCUCAAGGUCUCCACGUCUGUAUCUUUGCAUUUGGCCAAACGUGUUCAGGGAAGACUUACACCAUGGAGGGGAACAGAGAAAAAAACAACCCUGGGAUCAUGCCAACAUCUUUUAAUGCCAUAUUUGACAUCAUACAGGAGAACUUCCUCUUUUCUCUACACCCAUAUCCUUUACCUCGGGUUUUGGCCUACAUGCUGCAGUUGCACAGUGACAGGCUGCGGGACCUGUUUGUGAGCCCGGCUGGUGAGGCCCAGGCACAGCCCCGGUCCCAUAGUCCGGCAAGGCGGGUGGAGAUCAAGAGGAACAGAAAAGGGGCUGUGUUUGCCCAAGGAGCAGAGACAAAAGAGGCCUCCAGUGCCCAGGAGCUUUGCGCUCUGUUCCAGCAGGCCCGCGCCAACAGACACAUCGCUUCCACCAAGUCUGACGCAUGGGAGCAGCGGGAGGCCGAGCCUCGUGGACCUGGCCGGCCGUGA